AUGGGUAGUAAAAAGAGGGAGUCAAAAUCUGUUGAAGAAGCUGGAUUGGAAAAUGUAGUAGAAAAUAAGCAGCCACCGAGCUUGGGCGAUGAGAAUAUAGAUUCAGAACCCUCGAGCAAGAGAAUGAAAAAGGAGAAAAAGAAAAAGGAAAUUGAAAAUUUGGUGGGGGAAAACCACGAGGACUCUAAUGCUGCGUCGACCUCAUCGAACGCCCAGAAGGCAUCAUUGAAUUCUAUGGAGAGGAGGAAACUGAGAAAGUUGCUGGAUAAGGAAAGGCACCAAGCAGAAGCCAAGAAAAUCCAGUCGGCACCAGAAAAUAUGGACUUGGAUGUAAAAAGUGAUGGUAAUGAGAGUGCCGGGACAAGUAAUAGCAGCGGUGGAGUGUUGCCUGAGUUUCAUAUUGGGGUGUUUAAGGAUUUGGCAGCAGUUGAUGCCAGUGUGAGGGAGGCAGCUGCAAAGGCAUUGGUUACUGAGUUGAGGGAAGUUCAGAAUGCCUACGAGAGGUUGGAGAAUAAGGAUGAGGUGGAGGAUAAGUCAAAGUUGGAAGCCGAGAAAUGUGACGGCUUGAAUAACUGUGCCCCGUCUGUUAGGUACGCCGUGCGGAGGCUUGUCCGUGGUGUGUCCUCAUCAAGAGAGCGUGCAAGACAAGGAUUUGCAUUGGGUCUCACUAUUUUAGUUGGCACAGUUCCUAGCAUUAAAUUGGACUCCUUGUUAAAGCUAAUUGAUACUUUGCUGGAGGUCACUUCUUCCAUGAAGGGUCAGGAGGCUAAGGACUGCUUACUUGGUCGCUUAUUUGCUUAUGGAGCUCUUGCAAGAUCUGGAAAACUUACAGAAGAAUGGAUUUCCGAUAAUAAUACUCCACUUGUUAAAGAAUUUACCAGCUGUGUUAUUGCUCUUGCUGCUAAGAAACGAUACCUACAAGAGUCUGGUGUAGCGGUUAUAUUGGAAAUGGUUGGAAAGUUGCCCAUUGAAGCUAUCUUUAGUCAUGUUCUGGAAGUACCAGGGAUUCAGCAGUGGUUUGAAGGAGCCACUGAACCUGGAAAUCCAGACGCCCUACUUUUAGCUCUAAAAUUGCAAGAAAAAAUCGGUGCCGACUAUAAUUGCGGGAAGCUACUGCCUUCCCCUUAUAGCAAAAGCGCAUUCUUUUCUGCUGACCAUUUGACCAUUAUUGCCAAUUGCUUGAAGGAGUCUACUUUCUGCCAGCCACGACUGCACAGUGUUUGGGCUGUUCUCCUUAGUAAUCUCUUGCCUGAUGUGGCACAAGAUGCAGAUUCUGGAUCAGGCACUACUGUUCCUAUCAAGAAGCACAAGAAGAAUCGCAAGUCUGGCUCAGCAGAAGAAGACAUUGAGAGAAAUCUUAGGUCUUUCUGUGAAGUAAUAAUUGAAGGGUCACUUUUACCGUCAUCACACGACCGCAAAAAGUUAGCAUUUGACGUGUUGUUGCUUCUACUUCCAAAGCUUCCUGCUUCAUGCGUGCACAUUGUGUUGUCCUAUAAGCUUGUCCAAUGUCUUACUGACAUACUCUCUACACAAGACUCUUGGCUUUAUAAAAUUGCACAACAUUUUCUUAAAGAACUGUCUGAGUGGGUGGCACAAGAUGACGUUAGGAGGGUUGAGGUGAUUGUGGCUCUGCAAAGGAACAGUAAUGGAAAAUUCGACUGCAUCACGAGAUCAAAAACAGUGAAAGACUUGAUGUCAGAUUUCAAGACUGAGUCUGGUUGUAUGCUGUUCGUUGAGAAUUUGAUGUCCAUGUUUUUAGAUGAAGGUCACUCUUCAGAAGAACCUUCAGAUCAGAGUCAAACAACUGACGACAAUUCUGAAAUAGGCUCGAUUGAAGAUAAGGAUGCUGUUGGGGCACAAGGAAGUUCUGAAUUCCUCAAGACUUGGGUCAUCGAGUCCCUUCCUAGUGUUCCGAAGCAUUUGAAGCUCGAUCAAGAUUCGAGGUUCCAUGUGCAGAAAGAGGUUCUAAAGUUUCUGGCAGUUCAAGGUCUAUUUUCUUCGUCACUAGGGACUGAAGUGACAUCCUUUGAACUACAGGAAAAGUUUAGGUGGCCAAAAUCAGCCAUCCCGAAUGCUCUGGGCCAAAUGUGUGUUGAGCAGCUACAGCUGUUGCUUGCAAAUGCUCAGAAAGGGGAGGGGCCUCAUGCUGUGGCAAAUGGUGUUGAAGCAAAUGAUCUUGGAUCCUAUUUUAUGCGGGUUCUCAACAUAUUAUCCAAUAUUCCUUCAGUUUCUCUGUCGAGGGCCUUGAAUGUGGAUGACGAGAAGGCCUUUAAGAAACUGCAGGCCAUGGAAAGUCAACUCUCACGCGAGGAACGUAAUUGCGGUCUUAGCAUGGAUGCAAGUAAAUUACAUGCGCUGAGAUAUUUGCUCAUCCAACUGCUGCUUCAAAUCAUACUUCGACCAGGAGAGUUCUUUGAAGCUGCCUCUGAACUUGUCAUGUGUUGUAAAAAAGCUUUUGGCUCGUCGGAUCUUCUAGGAUCCUCUGAAGAAGAUGAAUAUGAUGAAGGUGCACCUGAAUUAAUGGAUGUACUGGUUGAUACAAUGCUGUCCCUGUUGCCACAAUCAUCAGCUCCUUUGCGAUCGGCCAUUGAGCAGGUUUUCAAACAUUUCUGUAACAAUAUCACGGAGGAUGGGCUACUCCGGAUGUUGCGGGUCAUCAAGAAGGAUCUAAAACCCGCUCGGCACCAAAACAAAGAAGAUGAAGAUGAUGAUGACGAGGACGAUCUACUAGGCGUUGAAGAAGCAGAUGAUUCUGACCAGGCCGAGACGGGUGAAACUGCCGAAAGUGACGAGCACACCGAUGAUUCGGAGGCGGUAGUUGGAGUCAACACGGUGAACAUUCAGCUUCCGGAAGGUUCCGAUGAUGAAUCUGACGAGGGAAUGGAUGACGAUGCCAUGUUUAGGAUGGAUACAUACCUCGCUCGGAUAUUUAGAGAGAAGAAGAAUCAAGCUGGGGGCGAAACUGCGCAUUCUCAGCUUGUACUCUUUAAGCUCCGUGUGCUGUCUUUGCUGGAGAUCUAUCUGCAUGAAAAUCCAGGUAAAUCGCAGGUAGUGACUAUAUUCUCAAACCUAGCUCAAGCAUUUGCUAAUCCACAAACAACCGAAGGGAGUGAGCAGCUCGGCCAGCGCAUAUGGGGAAUCAUACAGAAGAAAAUAUUCAAAGCCAAGGACUACCCGAGAGGCGACUCGGUGCAUCUCGCAGUAAUCGAGCCUCUACUCGAGAGGUACUUGAAAUUAGCUGCAAAGCCAUUCAAGAGAAAAAAAUCCGCUUCCAAUCUGUCGAAAAAGAAGCAGUCGGCCUCUUGGAACCGGCACAGAAAUAUAAAUUCGCUUGCUCAGAAUUCCACAUAUUGGAUCUUGAAAUUAAUUGACUCGAGAAAUUUUCCCGAACCUGAACUGCAAAAGGUUUGCAGCAUAUUUGAGAAUGCCUUGGUCGCCUACUUCGACAGCAAAAAGUCUCAGAUGAAGUGCGAAUUCCUGAAAGAAAUAUUCAGGCGGCGUCCGUGGAUUGGUCGCCACCUUUUCGGUUUUCUCUUGGAGAAAUGUAGCUGUGCAAAGUCGCAAUUUCGGCAAGUUGAGGCCCUCGAUUUGGUGACAGAGAUCUUAAAGUCACUUUCUUCCUCGACUACGAAUGACGUUGUGACAACAGUGAAUACUUCAAAGAAAAUGCUGAAAAGCCACAUCCCAAAGCUAUGCCAUCUGAUCAAACAUUUGUUGACAAACAUGCCCGAGAAACAGUCGAGAAGAGCCGAUGUGCGCAAAUUCUGUGGCAAAGUGUUUCAGAUAUUGACUUCAUUUAACAUGGCUUCGAAUUUUCUUAAAGCUUUGGAACCGGAUGGUCACGCGGCUUGUGAAUCCCAGCUUGGUGAGGUAUUUAUUGCUCUCAAGAAAAGCACGACUGAAAAAUUACAGUGA